AUGGCGGCCGAGGGCCAGGAAGACAUGCUCGACUUCAACACGCAAAAGAUGGACGAGCAGAUGGGCGACUUGCUCGAAACCCCGGAAUGGAAUAGCUCCUUCGAAAACCACCCCCUCAUGCAACCCCCCGACACCCAUCCCACCCUCUUCUUCCUCUUCGACUUCAUCCGCAACACACGCAAAGAGCUACGCGCAAUCGACGUCCAAAAGCUCCGAGAAGGUGACGCCGAAGCCAAGAAACAAAUCAUCGACGUUAUCGGUCGCAACGGGUUUGCCUCUGCGCUGAUCAAUGAUACGUCGGGGAGAUUGGCGAUUAUGACGGGUGGUGAUCCGGGGAAUCCAGUGGAUUUUGGGCCAGACAUCAAGGAGAAGAUUAAGGUGUUGGCGGCGGAGAAGAGACCCUUCUAG